AUGUCCUUGCUUAAAUUUCAUCGUCAUCAUGUCUUUUAAUCUCCCUUCAAUUCAAUUUUAUUCUUGCGUCUAAAUCUAUUAAAAUGCCUAAAUUUCAUGACGUAUUAUAUCCCAAGUCAAACAGAAGCAAUACUAAAGGUAUCUAACAAUUUUUAAAAUAGCCUUAUUUGCACGUGGAAUUUUAAAUUGCAUUUCCUGUGUGA